CAUUCAGGGCUUUUUUAACAGUCGGCGCAGUGAGUAAUGAAGUAGCGGAUGGCAACAUGGCGUCCUCCUAUUAUCAUGAAAUGCACGAGAAUUUCAAAAACAACAGCAAAAGUCGCGAGUUUCCGGCACACAGCGCUAAAGUUCACUCUGUCGCCUGGAGCUGUGAUGGAAAAAGACUAGCUUCAGGUUCAUUUGACAAAACUGCAAGUGUUUUUGUCCUGGAAAAAGACCGCCUGGUGAAGGAGAAUAACUACAGAGGACAUGGAGACAGUGUUGAUCAGCUGUGCUGGCACCCAACCAACCCAGAUCUGUUUGUUACUGCAUCAGGAGACAAAACCAUCCGGAUCUGGGACGUCCGCACUACUAAAUGCAUGGCCACGGUCAGCACGAAAGGAGAGAACAUCAACAUAUGUUGGAGUCCUGAUGGUCAGACCAUCGCUGUUGGGAAUAAGGAUGAUGUGGUGACUUUCAUUGAUGCAAAGACUCACCGUCCACGUGCUGAAGAGCAGUUCAAGUUUGAGGUCAACGAGAUUUCCUGGAACAAUGACAAUGAUAUGUUCUUUCUGACAAAUGGCAAUGGCUGCAUCAACAUUUUGAGUUAUCCUGACCUGAAGCUUAUCCAGUCAAUUAAUGCCCAUCCAUCCAACUGUAUCUGCAUCAAAUUUGAUCCCACUGGAAAAUAUUUUGCUACUGGAAGUGCAGAUGCCCUGGUUAGUCUGUGGGAUGUCGAGGAGCUGGUGUGUGUUCGCUGUUUCUCUAGGUUAGACUGGCCAGUGAGAACCCUGAGUUUCAGUCAUGAUGGAAAAAUGUUGGCGUCAGCCUCUGAAGAUCACUUUAUUGACAUUGCUGAAGUAGAGACGGGGGAGAAGCUUUGGGAAGUGCAGUGCGAGUCUCCAACCUUCACUGUAGCCUGGCACCCAAAAAGACCCCUGCUGGCUUACGCCUGUGAUGAUAAGGAAGGCAAAUACGACAGCAAUCGGGAGGCAGGGACCGUGAAACUGUUUGGCCUUCCUAAUGACUCUUAAAGAGCAAAAUUGAACAUGGACAUGACUUUGUAACUCUUAAUCCAUCUACAAACCAUCUACUGUUACUCUGCAUUUUUCUACAUGCCCAUUGCUCUUUUAAGAGAAGGAGAUAAUCCUUACUCAUUAACUUUUCAUUGGAACUAUUUUCUAAUAUAUCUUCCUAUUUUGGUAAUCACAGGUGCUUUCCCUUGUAGUGAUUGUUAUAUGUCCGAAAACCUUGAAAAUCUGUACAUAUGAAAUGUUGUGGUUCAUACAUAAACUGAAAUUGUCAGUAAUGUAAUUUAUUUUACAGGCCUGUAUGAGUAUUUUGUCAUAUUUUCACAAAUAAUGUCUUGCAUUUUAUAGGAUACUGUGCAUAAGUUUGGAAAAUAGACACUAGAGGGCACCAUUUCCACAGUAGCACACAUUUGCUGUAUAUUUUCCCAAUGCAGGCAUUCCACUGUUUUUUUUUUUUUUGGACUGUUUUAUUAAACAUUUUAUAUAA